CAGGGUGCCUCCACACGAUAAACAACGAUUACAACACGUGUUGUGCUUGAGUUUGUUAUUAAAAAGUUGGAUUUCAUUGUGCACCAAAAUGGGUAAACCAAAGAAGUCUAAUGUGGCAACAAUAAAAAAUGUGAGCUUGGAAAAGCAAAUAACAGAGGGUAAGGUACAGAAAGCUAAAUCCAAGGAAAAAGUUAAGCUACGUGCAGAAGAGUCACCGAAUAUAGAUGCGAAAAGCAGUCAAAAGAUAUUGGCAGCAGCUAGACAACAGCAACUUGAGCUCGACGAGGAGAACUUUCCAAGCUUAACAGCACCAAGGACUGUGAAACUUAACUUGAAUGAUGGCAUGGAUCAAGACGAACAGGAAGAUGUUAACGAAAACGAUUUCAUGGCGGAUUUGGGUAUGGACGAAGACGAUGUCGCUGCCUUCGAACGUUUCCAACAGCCGCCUGCAAAAGAGGGCAAACGCACUUUGCAUCUGUCUGAGAUUAUAAUGCAAAAGAUUCAGGAGAAGGGCGCCGAUAUACACACCAAAAUCUCGGAUGAGGGUUCAUUGAGAAUUGAGGAAAUCGAUCCGAAAGUAAAGGAAAUGUAUGAAGGAGUCCGAGAAGUGCUCAAACGCUAUCGUAGUGGCAAAAUACCGAAGGCCUUUAAAAUUAUACCCAAACUAAGGAACUGGGAACAAAUAUUGUUCAUAACGGAGCCACACAAUUGGAGUGCUGCUGCCAUGUUCCAAGGUACUCGUAUCUUCUGUUCGGUGCUCUCCCAGGCGAUGGCUCAGCGUUUCUAUAAUUUGGUUUUAUUGCCACGCAUUCGUGACGAUCUUUGCGAAUACAAGAAGCUCAAUAUGCAUUUGUACAAUGCGCUUAAGCGUGCGCUCUUUAAGCCGGCUGCCUUCAUGAAGGGUAUCAUAUUGCCAUUGCUCGAAUCGGGCGACUGCACCUUGAGGGAGGCAAUUAUAUUUGGCAGCGUCGUGGCGCGUAGCUCCAUACCUGUGCUGCACUCGUCUGCAUGCCUGCUGAAGAUCUGUGAGAUGAACUAUUCAGGUGCCAAUUCGAUAUUUAUUCGUUAUUUCUUGGACAAACGUUAUGCACUGCCAUAUCGUGUUAUAGAUGCAGCGGUCUUUCAUUUUCUGAGAUUUGAGCAGGAUAAGCGUGAAUUGCCUGUACUAUGGCAUCAAAGCCUGCUGACUUUUGCGCAACGUUAUAAGAAUGAUAUUUCAUCCGAGCAAAAGGAGGCGCUGCUGCAGCUUUUAAAAAAGAAAUCUCAUCCGAAGAUCACGCCGGAUAUUCGACGUGAAUUGCAGGCGGCCCAAUGCCGUGAUGUUGAAAUGAUGGAGACAAUGAACGAAACCGCUGGUCAGCCGAUUAAGAUGUACACAGAUGAAGAUGUCGGCUACGAGGGCUAACAAAUUAUACUAUA